AUGUCGGCAUUCUGGCAGGAUCCCAACUGGGUGCUAACAUGGCGCAACACCACGUUGGAGAAGCACAUCGAGGCAACUGCUCGACGCUAUCCCCGGAGACUGAUAAGUGACCGCGCGACUUCACGGCACCAGAAGGCAGUCGAUACAGAGACUGGUCGUCUCGUGGGAUAUGCGCGAUGGAUACUGCCCAAGUCGUAUGCUACUACAGCAGAUGGUGAGCCGGUAUGGCCAGAGGCGCUGGGGCCAUUGGUUGGAAAGGAGGAAGAGGAGGAGAUUAAGCGAAUUGCGGAGGCAACGCCGUGGAAUCCGAGUCAUGACACUGAUGCGCUGGAUGAUAAAGUUACUGAGAUAAAGAACGAGCUGAUGCAAAAGAAGCAAUAUCUAUGUCUAGACUAUUUGGCCGUUCACCCUGAGAAUCAAGGGAAGGGAAUUGCUACACUUUUGGUACAGAGCGGCAUGAAAGAAGCAGCAAAGCUGGGCUUGGACAUUUUUGUGCUUGCGUUUAGACCUGCGUGGGGAGUAUACAGUCGACUUGGGUUUCGUGUUGAGCGGGAGCUCGUUCAGGAUGAUUCCAUGUAUGGAGGGGACGGCAACUAUGGUGUUCGGUACAUGAUUUACGAGCAACCUGUGAAAGCUGAGGUGUGA